AUGCAGACAGCCCUUUCGAGUCGAGGUGACGUGACAAAAACCGGUGCUAUAGACGGAUCUAAUAAAAACGUUGAUAGAAUUAACUCCUCUCUCCCAAUGCCAUCAUAUCGACCAAAUUUUGAUGGAAAUGUAGAUCCUGCAAAUACCAUUCUUAAUAUGAUUGAUGAUGACACUACAACCGACCAGAAUAAGAGCCGUACCGACGAGAGCGAGAAAGAUGCCAACGGAACUGCCACUUCUGCUGGUUGCUAUCAUUUGUCUAUCAGUCAGAUAGCCUCUAGCCAUCACCCUCCUAAGAAAUUUAAUUCAAGAUAUGCCUCCUUUCAAGAGUCAACUGUAGUUACGAAGAAAAAAUGCCAUGUUCCUUCUGAUCGCGGCUUUGUUAAACCGUUAUUUGGGUCAGUAUCUGCAAAUGUCCCUAUCAGAGGAGAUAAAAUAGGAAAAAUGAGCGAUUCAUCUGAGACAGGGCCAAGAGAAGAAACAACAUUAGAAGUUGAAGAAAGGAGUCUUAACUUAGUUGACAAGACGUUUCAGAUUAGUCCGUCAGCUGAUAUGGAUGAGAGGGAGUUUAAUGUCUCAGGUGAGAGCGAUUUUUUCUGUAUUCAUCGUUAA